GCCGGGAUUGGGCGCGCGGGCGCGACGGAGCGCAGUCCUGGCCUUGCUUCGACUUCUGAGGGGGAGAAGGAAGCUCGGCUUGGGUUCGACGUCGCCGCCGCCGCCGCCGCCUUCUCCACCUCGGCCUCGCCAUGCCGGUCGCUCUCAGCCCGGCGGCCACUCCGGCCUUGCAGGAGGCGCUGGAGAAUGCGGGGCGCAUCAUCGACCGGCAGAUCCAAGAAGACCGCUGCUACCCGGACCUCUCCGAGCUGCUGGCGGUGCCGGCGCCCAGUAAGCCGCGCGUGAGCGGGCGGGAAAGGCUCCCGGGGGGUGGGAGGGUCUCUCUCUCUCUCAUAUUUUCUGCCCUCGCCCCCCCCCUUUACGGUCUCCCGUGUGCGCUGCCAGCCUCAAUGCCAUGCUUCACCCCACACUCCCUGGUUCCCCCCCCCCCCAGAAGUUGCAGGGCUGGCGGGAACUGUAGCCCAGGGUUAGGAACUGAGGUACUUGUACAGUGGUACCUUGGUUCUCAAACUUAACCCGUUCUGGAAAUCCGUUCCAAAAUCAAAGCGUUCCAAAACCAAGGCAGUCAUACCUCGGGUUACAGACGCUUCAGGUUGCAUUUUUUCAGGUUACAAGGUAAAGGUAAAGGGACCCCAGACCAUUAGGUCCAGCCGUGGCCGACUCUGGGGUUGCGGCGCUCAUCCCUCUUUAUUGGCCGAGGGAGCGGAUGUACAGCUUCCGGGUCAUGUGGCCAGCAUGACUAAGCCGCUUCUGGCGAACCAGAGCAGCGCACGGAAAUGCCGUUUACCUUCCCACCGGAGCGGUACCUAUUUAUCUACUUGCACUUUGAUGUGCUUUAAAACUGCUAGUUUGGCAGGAGCAGGAACCGAGCAACGGGAGCUCACCCCGUCACGGGGAUUCGAACCGCCGACCUUCUGAUCAGCAACCCCAGGCUCUUUUUCAGGUUACGGAAAGUACCGGAAUGGGUACUCCCAGGUUUCGGCGGCCGCGCAUGCACGGAAGUGCUAAAUCGUGCUUUGCGCAUGCUCAGAAGUGCCAAAUCGCAACCCACAGCCAUGCCACCGUGGGUUGCAAAUGUGCAUCCCGCACGGAUCACAUUUGCAACCUGAGCGUUCACUGUAAUGCAAAAUGGAUUGAUCCGUUCCAGACUUUUAAAAACAACCCCUAAAACAGCAAUCUAACAUGAAUUUUUACUAUCUAAUGAGACCGUUGAUCCAUAAAAUGAAAGCAAUAAACAAUGUACUGCCGUCACACAAUCAGUCAAUCAUUAGAUGAACUGGGUUCCACACAGUCACAAAAACAAAACAAAAAGAGCUGCAAAAACGUAAAAUAAAUAGCAAAAACAGGCAGAUCUCAGCGUAACACUCAAAACGGAAGUGUGGCACUCAAAACAGCACGUUCAGCUUCCGAAAAAAGUUUGCGAGCCAGAAUACUUCCAGGUUUGCAGUGUUCAGGUUCCAAGUUGUUUGAGUACCAAAGCGGUUGAGAACCAAGGUACCACUGUACCAUUAUUAUUAUUAUUAUUAAUAAUAAUACUCCGCCCAUCUGGCUGGGUUUCCCAGCCAUGAAAGCUAGGAGCUAAAUGGCACCUUAAACCUAGGUUAUGGGCACAGCAAUUUGUUUUUUUCAUAACAAGAAUACAGUACAAACCUGAACAUGAAUGAACUGCAGCUUGAAUAUUAUGUUCAUUUUUCACGUGGUCUAGUUCUUCCCCUGCCCACCCCCUUAAUAUUCUUAAGAAGGUCUCUUCUCCAGUCUUCAGAAAAUAGCUGGAAGUGGGGAGGCAGAAAAAGGUUCAUGACUUUGCUGAAUCACCUGUUUAGUGAGGGAAUUUGUUAGCUGCUCCCUUCGAGAUGGACAAAUACCAAUGGAGGCUUGCAGCAUUUGUAAGUCGCUUUGCGUUUCCUUGUGCUAGAUAAAGUGGCCAACAAAUUCAGUAAGUAAUAGUAACAUUUAAAAAAAGUUAAAAUAUUAUUUUUAAAAUUGUAUACUGCUCAUCAUCUGAAGAACUCAGCGAGGUUCACAACAUAAAAACACAACAUACACAAUAAAAACAAGAACAAAACCAAAACAGACUUAUAGCACUCCCUCCCACAAACACAUUUAAAAGGACAUAGAAUGUUAACCAGCCCAAGGCCUGGUUGAAGAAGAACGUUUUUGCCUGGCACCUAUGCAGUAGUAGAAUACUGUCAUAACAGCAAUGGUAAAAGCACUGCAAAUCAGUUUCAUCACCACUUCCAAAGUAAGACUUAACUGUGGCUCUGAUUCUUUCUGAAGAGUUGGGCCUAAAUGAAGGUGGUGGGGCCUUCUGCUCCAUCCUGCGACACUCUGGGUACCUGGAUAUUAGCCCAGGCAUGAUGGAAAUGUUGUUAGUAAUGUUGUAUAUAGCCAGGUAUAUAGUAAAGCCCUUCACCACCUUUGUAUUGUAAAUGGAGAACUGGUCUAUUUGAACAAAUAGAACGGGGUCUGUUACACAAACUAGACUACCGAUUCUCUAGAUAGGGCCAUAGUAAUAUGCUUUAGAGUUCAAACUUCAGGUAGUGACUUUUAAAGCCGUGAAAGGUUUGCGGCCAUGUAACUUGGAGGGCCACCUGCACCUGUGUGAACUUGCCCAGGCCGUGAGAUUAGCCUCAUAGGCGCUACUCUCUAUUCUACCACCAAGAACAUAGAUUGAUGGGUACCAAGGACAGGUCCCUUUCAUUGUUGGCCCCACAUCCUGGCCUCUUCAUUGGUGGCUUUUUAGCAGAUUUUAAUAUAUACAGUAUUUAGUCCACUUAGCUUUGUAUUGAUGGAAUCCUUUGUUGCUAUGUUUUACUUGCUGCUAUUUUAAUUCAUUAUGCUGGCAAUAAUCUGGUUAAUCUCUAAUGUCUAGUGCUAAUCAUUUUGUACUUCUUGCAAGCUGGGGUUCACACCAAAUGUUAUAGUGCUACUACCAGGUACAUUUGUUCUAUACUGGUUAUACACAUAUGAAUGUACAGUAAUGGUCUCAUUACUAGGUUAUUUUGGGGACAGGUGCUUUGUCUUUAAUAGCUUAAAAUUCUACAAAAAUCUGCUUCCCUUCAUUCCCCGAUAUUCCACUUAUAGUAUAUACAAUAAACCAUUAUGUUGCCGUACCAUAUGUUAUUCAACUGCCAUCUUCUGAUGCAUUCCUUUUAUAAGACUAAUCUUAGGGCAAUAAAAUUCAGUAUGCAAAAAUCUUUCGGUUUUUUCAGUUAAGAUCAGGUGUAUUUUGAGGCAGCCUUACCUUUUCCUUCCAGGCUAAACAGAAUUGAUAAAACAAAUAUAAAGCUUGCAAUAGUCAUUCAUGCUUAUCUUGAUGAUAACAAAUAGAAACAAGCAUACAUUAUAAUCAUUCGCUGGUUUCUUGGAAGGCAAUAACUAGCAUUGAAUCUCUAUCAAGCAACUUUAAAAUAGUAUGUUAAAGCUAUGCAAAUAUAGUAGGACUUCUGUACUGGAAAUGGUUUCACUCCAAACAGCCCUUGUUUAACAGCCCUUGAUUUUCUUAAGGUAUUUCUUAUGGUUAAGUACAGUACUUGCCAGCACUUAGCUUCCCUUUCCCUUGCUCCCAGAAGACUUAGCCUUUAGGUUCACAUACAUUAGUUGAGCAGUACUCUCUAGAAUUCAUGUUUCUAGUGCUCAGAUUCCCUCCCCUGCCCCCCUCGGACUUCAAACACUUACUAAUACAUUUGAAAUAGUUGCCAAUACUUUUGGAACUAAUGACUCAUUUGUAAACCAAAUAUUUGUAGUGUUAACAAGCAAAACUAGAUCACUUUGUGUAUCCUGAGUUUAUAUUGUGAUCUGCAAUUCCACAUGUCAAUUAAUUUAUCUUAACAGUUUAUGUGACUGGUGGCUAUUACUAGUAUAUCUUGCAAGGUUACUUUAAUUUUUUAAAAUUCAUGGAUGUAUGAGCAUUAAUUGAUUCCUAGGUUUAAAGAGAAAAGCACUUGCUUUUCAUAUACUGAGGAAAAAAAUAAGUCUCUAGGGGUUAAAGAAAAUAUUCAGUUAAAGUGAAAAUAUCCAAGCAUUUUGUUUGUGUCUAUUACUUCUAAUUAUUUUACUUUUUCACAUUUGCAGGUAGCCCCACUGUUUCUGGGAUGUCAGAUAUGGAUUAUCCAUUACAAGGACCUGGCUUUCUUUCAAUUCCCAAUCUUCCAGAAAUAAGUUCAAUUCGGAGAGUUCCUCUGCCCCCUGAACUGGUUGAGCAAUUUGGACGUAUCCUAAUUAUAACACAAGUGAAAGGCACAUUAAAUCUUGCGAGAUGAAGGCCAGGGGGGCUAAAGGAUGGGCUUUAGGCUGCUGGCUAAUCCCUAUUCAUUCCAGCCUUCUCCCCAUCUGACAGGAUCAUCUCUUGUUGGUUGCUGCUUUCUUCUCCCCCACCCAUCUUUCUCCCUUUUCUCUUCCUCAUAGCUACUUGUGCCCAGCUGGGAAUUGGGCGCCCCUUCUACUUUAUUUCACUCACCAUUACACCUCUGCUGUUGUCUCCGAUUCUACUACAGGUAGUUGCUGCUGCCUAGACACUAGUACAGUUAUAGCAGUUAAAUGAUCAUUGGAUAUGUAGCAUAAGUAGUCUCUUUUUUGAAGAACCCCAAUUUUUAGUUUCCAAUGUCCCUUUUCCCCCUUCAGCAUCAAAAGAGGUUGCAGUAGCAGCAGACCAAGAAGCACAGCAUGGUGAGGGACUGGAGCAGUAAAGAGUGGAUGGCAGCCAGCCUCUUGCUCCAAAGGUGUUGGCUUUUCACACUUUGCCCUCCAUCCAUUCUCAGCCUUUCAUUUAUGGCAGAAGUGGUGAAGCUGUGGCCUUUCCAUUAUAGUUGGAUUCAAGCUCCUGUCAACCCCAGCCACCAUGGCCAACAGCCAGGAGUGAUGGGAAUUGUGCUUCAGCAACAUAUUGGAAGGCCACAGAUUCCCCAUCUGUGAUCUGUACUGUGCUGGGGCUUCCAGGCAUGGUGAAAGAAAUGAUAGAAACGGUAUAGAACAAGGCUUUUGUGCACACAAAUAAUUAUUAGGAAACAUUUGCAUAAUAAUCAGUAUGGCAUUCUGCUGUUGAAACUUAAUUUUAUUGCUUGGAAUUUAAUUCAGUGCUUUAAAGUUUAAACAACAAUAAAAAAUGCUUGGUACUACAGUAGUACCUCCACUUACGGUUGCGAUCCAUUCCGGGGUGCCAUUCACACCCCGAAAAGUCCGUAAGUAGAGUGCCGCUUCUGCGUGUGACGCAGUAGAGCGCUCCUGCGCAGAGUGCACAUGUGCGAAGCAUGCAGAACACUUCUGGGUUUGCUGUGUUCGCAACCCAAAAAUCCGCAACAUGAACCUAAUGCAACUAGAAGUAUGACUGUACUUCAGACUGCUUAGUGUCAUGUAAAAGAACCUCCAUUUAUUCUGUUUGACAUUCUCUCUAUCCAUCCCUUGAUUGCUAAAUGUAAAUGAAACAUUUUAAAAAAGAAAUCAAGGCUCCUGGUCAUACUAUCUCCUAGCUUGAAAUAAAUGCAUUCUUUCUCUGUGGAGAGACAUGAAUGUUCUUUUAAGUUCAUACAAAUCAAGAUUCUGGAGUCUUAUCAACUGAGCAUUUGUGUAAUAAAAUAAUUGCUAUGUAUGUUGUGACUUUACAUUUAUAAUACUGAGCUGUGGAAUUCUACACUUAUCCCGAUCCUCCCCUCCUCUUCCCUAAUUGCAAACUUAACAUAAUGCAGAAUUGCAUGUCUUGCCUUGGUGCAUUUUAUCCUUAAAUCUGGAUACUUCAGAUAUGCAGUGCAAUUGUAUGAUGGGAGUGUUUCCUGAAAUUAGCAGGGCCUGGCUGACCAUUGACAGUGACAUUUUUAUGUGGCAGUACGAAGAUGGGUAUGUAAGAUAAAUAAUUUAUGUCUAGGAAGUUUUUGGGUAUGGUAAUCUCAAUAUUGGUUAAUAAGAAGAAAAGGUUUGUGUAAGUAACGGAUUGGUGCUCUUAACAAUUUCAUUCACUCUUUGAGAUAUUAAGUACUCAAUGUUUUCAUGUAACCUUUUCUGUUCAUUGCAGUGGGGACCUCGCUUAUUUUGAUGGCCUUAGUGAAACCAUCCUUGCUGUGGGACUGGUGAAACCAAAAGCAGGUAAUAGGCUGUGGACAAAAUACACUUGGGAAAAAUCAUUUUAGCUUUAUCCUGAGAAUAAGCUUUCAUUUGUUUGCUUUGUUGGUGUCUGUUCUGUAUUAGAAACGAUCUUACAUACUGGGCCUUUUGAAUAUUAUCAUGCAGUGCACAUAAUUACCCCAAAGAUAAAUGUUGCAUAAAUAUACCUUCUAUUUUUGAGGUUGCAUUGCUAAAAUUACUGUAGGAUUGGGAAAAUAGCAGUUAAAAGGCUUGAAAUGAUAUUUCCUGACUGACAGGAAUUAGUGCAUAUGCCUCUUCACUCUCCUAGAUCUUGAUUAUGACAAGUAGCAUGUUAUUUAGAGGUGGUUCCCCCCCCCCCCUUAUAUUGACAAGUUGUCUUCCUGCUUUCUUUACUCACAGGAGUCUUUCAACCACAUAUACGGCACCUGCUCGUUUUGGCUACUCCUGUGGAUAUAGUCAUUCUAGGACUAAGCUAUGCAACCUUGCAAGGAGGUAAUUGUGUAUUCGCAUGCUUGCUUUCAUGAAGAGAUAGGGAAAGAAAUUUGGAGGAACUUGCUGCUACCAGCUGGUGACUGUUUAAUGCAACUGGCUCCUCUUAGAUUCAGCUCGCUGCCUUACCAACACAAGUGCCUGGCUAGACACAACCAAUUUCAUCGUUGGUGGAGCUGAGGGAAUGAGGCUGUUCGGUGGCAGUAGAAUUAAAUAAUGUCCGAUUAAGCUUUUAGAGGCCCCACCUGAACUAGACAUAUAAAACAGUAUCAUGCCACUUUAAAGUAUCAUGGAAAAUGUAAUUUGUUAAGGAAGCUGAGAGUUAUGAGACCCCUAUUCCUCUCACAGAGCUGCAAUUUCCAGAGUGGUUUCUCAAUCAAGCCCUCUUCCCAGGGAACUCUGGGAAAUGUAGUCCUGUGAAUGGAAGAGGGAUCUUUUAGCGCAGGCUUCCUCAACCUCGGCCCUCCAGAUGAUUUGAGACUACAAUUUCCACCAUCCCUGACCACUGGUCCUGCUAGCUAGGGAUCAUGGGAGUUGUAGGCCAAAACCAUCUGGAGGGCCGAGGUUGAGGAAGCCUGUUCUAGCAACUCUCAGCACCUUUAACAAAAUGCAGUUCCCAACAUGCCUUGGAAGAAACUAUGACUGUUUAAAGUGGUAUGUUACGGCUUUAAACUCUUAGUGUAGAUGGAGCCUAGGAGUAAAUAAGUUUUAGGCUGAGAUAAGUCUCUGUGUUAAAACACACAUACAUGCUCAAGAUAACAUGUUUUAGAAAAUUUACUACUUUGUUGUAUCUGGAGUGUAUACUUUUAAUAGUAUAAAUAGGAAAAGAAUUGGCAUUGUGAAUUAAGGAUGUUUGAUAACUCAAGUGAAAUGAAAUUUUAACUCUUAAGAACUGUGUUUUUCAACAUAAGAGAGUUUUGGCUCAAUCUUAUUUAUUCUGAGGAUUUAGGAUUGGCGCCUUAGUAGCAAACCUAUCAACUUUUAGAAAAUAGCACUUAAGAGUUCAUGAUAUACAAACUCAAUGUUAGGUCUUCCUUAUUUCUUGAAAUAAUUUUAGUUGAAGUAGUCAACAAAUAAAAUAACAUAUAUAUAUAUUUAAUCAGGUUCUGGAUCCCUCAAUGAUAGCAUGUCUGGUGGAAUGCAGCUUCUUCCAGACCCGCUCUACUCACUGCCUACCGAUAACACCUAUCUGCUGACAAUAACUUCUUCUGAAAAUGGGCGUAUCUUCUUGGCUGGCAAAGAUGGUUGUUUGUAUGAGAUUGCUUAUCAGGCAAGUGAAAUCUGCUAGAGAUGGAUACUGGGGGAUGGAUGGAAAGUACAUUGCUCUUGAUGCCUCAUUUCUUUCUCUUCUAUAUUGCUUCAUUUAUUUGAAAGAGAGUAGUGAGUUUCUUAGUGCAUAAAUGUUAGUCUGGAACUCCUGCUAACUUAAUAAAUAUUCUUGUUCAUUGCAAAGAAUGUACUGAAUCUGAGUCAUCUUCAAUGAUCUUAAGAAUCCUAGCAAAGAACCAUCUGAUGUUUAAGUAUUUUUGUUAGUGGCAGACAAUAACUCAAUACUGUUGAGUUUAUUCUAUGGCCUGCAUCAAAGAGGCCACAAACUGGCUAGUUCUCAAAAGACCAAGCUUCCUUCUUGAAUUCUGCCAGCAAUCAAAAGGUCAAGUCUCAAACCUGCUUCAUCAACACACAUGUGCUUAGAGCUGGCACAUCAACACAUGUGCUAGUGAAUCUGAUGUACAGUAAUAUUAUGCUGGCUUACUCUGUGAUAUAAAGCAGAUUUACUGGUCCUUAUGUAAGAUUAGGGUCCAGUCAAAGUGAGAGAAAAAUAUGGAGUUAUAAACUCUUGAGGAUUUGGAACUUUUAAAAUGGAACUUUAUAAAAUGACUUCUCUUUCAAAGUACAGACUGCUGGUGCUGGAGUAGAGCACACUGUUUAUCUGCAAUGAUCUGGGGGCCAGGACUAGUUAGGCUGCAUAAUAAUGUUGGGAAUUCAUUGAUAAUUAGAUGGGUCAAGUAAAGUAUUCGAUGGGUUUGCAUAAUUAUCUAAUUCUAGUGUUGUUUUAUUUUUGUAGGCUGAGGCUGGCUGGUUUAGCCAGCGUUGUAGGAAGAUCAAUCAUUCAAAGAGCACCCUUUCUUUCCUUGUUCCAUCAUUGCUCCAGUUCACAUUCUCAGAAGAUGGUAAGGGAUGUAAAAUCCAUGUUUAAAAUACCAAUAUUAAAACCCAGAUGUAUUUGUGUUUGAUAAUAUGUUACAAAUGUCUGGCACCUCUAGCUCACUUAAAUGUUUCAUUUACAUAAAUGAAUCAUUAGGUUGAUUGCUUUCUUUCAAGAUUUGUGCUACUAAAUUACUGCCUUUUAUUGCUAAAGCAGUUUAACCAAUGCAAAUACAAUAGAAACAUGCUCUUAAGAGACUUGGGUAAUUCGGCUAGUCUUAGGUUUGAAAUUUGUUAUUUGAAGUGCUUAGGUAAGAAAAAAAAUAUGUUUUGAUAGUCCACUGAUAUCUUCUGGACAUUAUGAAUGAAAGUCUCUAUUUCUCAAUACCAAAUGUUGACAGACUUUAAGCAGUUGAUUCUGGGUUUUUAUUCUCAAAUUGCAGAUCCCAUUGUUCAAAUUGCCAUUGACAACUCCCGAAACAUCUUAUACACACGCUCUGAAAAAGGUGUGAUACAGGUAUGCCUUUUGAUACAUUCUGUUUCCCCUGUUAUUCACAAAUUUAGGUUCACAUCAAUACUAACUUCAUUACAUUGAUGGGAACUUACUGUAUAACAGAGUUCUAAUCCAGCCUUGCAAAUACAUUUUUCAGCGUGUAGUUGCCUACCAUUGUCUGUACUUUGCGCACUUAUUCUUUGUCCCACCUGCCCAACAUAAAGUUAUCCUCUUCCUUUGAGCUGUCAGUCCUGUGCCUGAUGAUAGCAACUUUCAUGCAGGAUUGUUUCCUGUUCAUUAUGCAAAUGUACUACAAGUUCCUUCGUUCUGCAUCCUUUCACCUCCCCUAUUUGUUUUUAUGGCUUUGCACUCUAUCCAUUAUUCCAGCAUCCCACCUGCAUUCAAUAAAAGAAGAUUGUCUUGUGUUUCUGUCCAAUGAACUACUCACCUUGGAAUGCAGUGCAGCUGCCAUCUUUCAUUUCAGAACUAACUUGCCUCCUGACGUAUUUGCGGUAGGCAUUGCAGAAGAGAAUAAUGUUAAGUGAAUUCAUAGUAAACCCACUAAAAGCAAUAUAAUUAAAUUACAGGUUUAUGAUUUAGGUCCAGAUGGUCAAGGGAUGGUGAGGGUUGCUUCUGUUUCUCAGAAUGCUAUUGUGGCUGCAGCUGGAAAGAUUGCCAGGUAAAAUAUCUACAUUAAGGUAUUAUGCUUGGGGAGCUGACUUUAAUCUCUUAUUAUUAGAUCAUUUUGUUUACAUGGUAAAAAGAUCUUGCAUGUACACAAGCUGAUAUCUUGGUUUUCUUUUAGGACCAUAGACCGUUCUGUGUUUAAGCCUAUUGUUCAGAUAGCAGUGAUUGAAAAUUCUGAAUCCAUUGAUUGCCAGUUAUUGGCAAUCACUCAUGCAGGUAAGAAUUCAGUAUCCUUUUCUAUAACGCUAAGUACCGUGUCUAUGCCCUGGUUCAAAAACUUACUGGGUGGCAAGCCUUGCUCACAUGAUGUAUGAGCAGGUACAUGUCCCUCCCCUCUGUUAUAUAUAACAUAACGUCAGGAACAUAAUGUGCUACAUAAGACAGGCACUGCAUGUGGUGGCCUCUAUGUAGAAUAGCUUGAUUCGUGCAAUCAUUUCUGGUGCAUGGUAGAAGGGAGGCAUGGAUAACCUGUUGGUGGGGAAGUGGGUAGUAUCACCACCCAGUUAGUAUCUCCACCCAGUCUAGAAUCUGAACUGACCUAGAGAGUAGAGUGCCUGCAAACUGGAAGAAACUAACUAGCAACAGGGUACUGAAAGGAAGAAGAUAGGCAAAGAAGGGAGCCAAUAGGGUAUAGGAUCACUGCAUCAUAGUAUCCUAGUAAUCCUAAAGGGAUCAAGAAGCAGUGGAUGAAGAGGAAUUAAAAUGUGCGGAUCAAUUAGAAAUAACCAGGUUUCUAUUAUCAUUCAUACCAUUGCCUUUAAAUGGGGGAAAUGAAGCAGUCUGUGUUGUUGCCGUUCAAUAGUUCCGUAUCUGAACAGAAUACUUCAGACUCAUUAAUGCCAUGAUCCAAAACUGUUAACUGGAAGCAAGCCCCAUUCAACUUGAUGGGACUAAUUUUGAAGUAGACACAAUGCUUUUCAGGGGGUUUUGAAGGUUAUGCAGUACGGCACUUCUUUUUUGUUGUUGUUAAAAAGUGUGGCACUUACUGUAACAACUUCAUGGUUUCUAGAAAAAAAGCACUGAGUAGACAGGUAUGGGAUUGUACUGCAACCCUUUUAUGAAAUACGUUUAUACUGUUAAUGGAGUAUCUUGUGCUUUUUUCUUAGGUGUACGGAUGUAUUUUAGUACAUGCCCAUUCAAGCAUCCUUUUUCACGUCCUUCAACAUUAACGUUGGUUCACAUCCGUCUGCCUCCAGGAUUUUCUGCUGCUUCUAAUGUGGAAAAGCCAUCAAAGGUGCACCAAGCUCUUUAUAGCAAAGGUAAUUUCUGGAGAUGAGUUUUUAUCAGUAAUUUAAGAGUCCUUUGUCCAAUUUAGGCUAUUUUGUCCUAUAGAAAGUGAUGAAUCAUAAGACUCGAUUUUAGGUUUCAGAUUCAGCAUUUCUUAAUAAAUUAUUAUUAUAUUUUCAGGUGUUCUGCUAAUGGCUGCUUCAGAAAAUGAGGAUAAUGAUAUAUUGUGGUGUGUUAAUCAUGAUUCUUUUCCUUUCCAAAAGCCAAUGAUGGAAACACAGGUAAUUCUUUAUAUUUUGCUAGGUUAUUUUGAAAGUAAUAGCUGUUGUGAGAGAUGAUAGUUUUGCCUACCUAGAUUUCUUUAUUCCCUCUUCAUAAAUCUGUGUAAGAGUUCAAAAGUUUUCUACUUCUGAUACUUCUCCUUUUGACACCUUACUGCUUCUUGUUGCAAGGCCAUAUCACAAGUUGUGACCAGCUUUUCACCUUUCUGAUACUGACUUAGAAUUAUUUGGGGGGGGGGGGGGAUGAAGCCAUAGAUUUAAUUGCCUGGUGGGAAGUACAUCCUGAUUCAGGGACAUGAAUGGCACUAUGAUCUAAACCACUGAGCCUCUUGGGCUUGCUGAUCGGAAGGUUGGCAGUUCGAAUCCCCACAACAAAGUGAGCUCCUGUUGCUCUGUCCCAGCUCCUGCCAACUUAGCAGUUCAAAAGCAUGCAGUGCAAGUAGAUAAAUAGGUACCUCUGUGGCGGGAAGGUAAACAGUGUUUCCGUGUGCUCUGGUUUUUGUCACGGUGUUCCGUUGUGCCAGAGGCGGUUUAGUCAUGCUGGGCACAUGACCCAGAAAGUUGUCUGUGGACAAACACCGGCUCCCUCAGCCUGAAAACGAGAUGAGCACUACAACCCCAUAGUCGCCUUUGACUGGACUUAACCGUCCAGAAGACCUUUAGCUUACCUUUAUAUUUUUACAUCCUGAUCCAGCUAUGGUACAGUAAUACUGCAGAGGCUGUGAAGGAUAGAAUUAUAAUUGGCAGCUGGAAAGAUAGGAGGACAACUAGCUUCCUCAGCUGCAGGCAGAGGUACAAUAAUAUUGUUAUAGCUGAAGCAUAUGAUUGGAAAGCAAGUUACUCUUUUAUAAUUUUUUUACUCUUUACUUUCUUAUUUCAGACAAAGACACAUGUGGAUGGACAUUCUUGGGCUCUUUCUGCGAUAGAUGAUCACAAAGCUCAGAAGAUAGUAACACCUUUGAAUAAAGAUCUAAUUCCCAUAACUGACUAUCCUGUAGUUGUACAACAGCAUAUGCUACCGCCAAAGAAAUUUGUUCUCCUUUCGGCACAGGUUUGUAGUACAACUGCUUGCUUAAAAUAAAAUAAAAACAGAGAAAGAGGAGGAAGAUGAAACUGAACCUCACAUGACAUUUUCAGAAGCUCUUAAUCUCUGUUUAGAAAUGAAUUUGAUCUCUUACAUCCUGAUGUGGUUUUUUUUUAUUCUUGUCUGAAAUCAUUCUGGCGUCCUACCACUUGGUUGUAUCCCAUGUUGUCGGGUCAGCUGAUAGUAAGGCUUUCAUCGGUAAAAGGAAGAGAGAAGCACCUUUGGCCAUUUAUCCCACACCCCACUUCUGAAAUCUGCUCAGAGGUAAUGGGGAACCUUCCAGAGCAUAUUGGGGAUGUGGACGAAUUAUAGGAAGGAAUCUCUUAAAAUUGCCUCUCUCCUUCUUCCACUGACUGAAGCAGUACCAUCAGAUGAGUGACACAGUGGAUAUAAGCCACUGACUUUGCAAACUACCUUUUCUGGAAAGGAAUUGGGGGGAAGUACCGUACUGGCCUGAAUAUAAGCCUCACUUUCCCCCCAAAUUCUGACCAUGAAAAGUUAAAGUGUGGCUUAUAUUCGUGACCUUACGGUAUGCAGACAGGAGCAGCGAGGAAUGGAGCAGCUUAUAUUUGGGUAUUUUCUCCCCCUCCCCUCCAGUUUCAAAGGUACGGCUUAUAUUCGGGUGCGGCUUAUAUUCAGGCCAAUACGGUAACUUCAUAUGUGUACAUACAUAAUCUGGAUUAAUUGUCUACUCAGGCUGGUAGAACAUGAGACUCUUAAGAUCAGGGUCGUGGGUUCGGGCCCCAAGCUGGGCAAAAAGAUUCCUGAAUUGCAGGGGGUUAGACUAGAGGACUCUCGGUGUCCAUUCCAACUCUACGCUUCUAUGACUCUAUACUGAUGUAUUAUUCUUUCUUACUCCAGUAAUUUAUUCCUUUGAAACGUCUUUGUUAGAGCCUUUUAGUGUAUAUGUGUUAAUCAUAAUUGUUAAACAUGGAACAUUGUAUUUAUUUUGUAGAUGCAAAAUGUAGAUGCAAAAUAAAACUUUCUUAAUAUGCUGGCUCUAUAUGAUAGAGAAUUCAGACAUGAGAGGACUGUACUUAAUUUCUAAAAGUGAGAAGAUCAAGCUUAAGCCCUACCCUCCAGUCCUGUAUGUAGCACAAGUGGCUAUGUUAAUUACCUAGCUAUGAAACGGUUUGAGGUACAGCUCUGAUAUAUUGAGGUUGUUUCAAAUAUCUCUGAAACUAGGUUCUACCUUUACCUCAAAUAAAGGCAUGGGAGAAGAUUCCCCCCCCCCCCCCCAGCCCUUUACUGUAGCUUAAAUAUUGUUCUUCGUUGUAUAUUAUAGCUGCUUGGGAACAUUACAGGUUCAAACCUUGGCCAAGGACUUUCUGGACAGCCUGGAGCAGGCAUCCCCAAACUUGGCCCUCCAGGUGUUUUGGGACUACAACUCCCAUCAUCCCUAGCUAACAGGACCAGUGGUCAGGGAUGAUGGGAAUUGUAGUCCCAAAACAUCUGGAGGGCCGAGUUUGGGGGUGCCUGGCCUGGAGCAUGCCACUUCUUUAUAAACCGUUCUCCAUUUUUGUAAAAUAUAAUUAUUAAUGACUUUCCUUAUAGGGCUGUCAUAAAGAUGAACAAGGUGUAAGAAGUGUAAAUUAUUUUGGCCAAUAAAAAUGCUAUAGAAAUCACCAUUAAAUAAAUAAGAAAUGUUCUGUUUUUCUUUAGGGGAGUUUUAUGUUUCAUAAACUCAGACCAGUAGAUCAGCUGCGACAUCUUUUUGUGUGCAAUGCAGGAGGUGAUGGAGAAGAGAUUGAAAGAUUUUUCAAACUGCACCCGGUGAGAAUUUAACUUUUCCUUCCUUUAUUAGGCCAGAGAUAGAACUAGGGGUUCAACAUGCAACCUCUAGCAGUGGGGAGCUCAUAAGCAGGUUAUGAUAGUGAUAGUGAUCCCUUGCUGGCUAUGUAAGAAACUGGGGGGGGGGGGAGCAUCUGAGACUCAAUUUAGGUGUCUCUCAGUGGCUAAUAAGGGACGCGGGUGGCGUUGUGGGUUAAACCACAGAGCCUAGGACUUGCCGAUCAGAAGGUCGGCGGUUCGAAUCCCUGUGACGGGGUGAGCUCCCGUUGCUCGGUCCGUGCUCCUGCCAACCUAGCAGUUUGAAAGCACGUCAAAGUGCAAGUAGAUAAAUAGGUACCGCUCCGGUGGGAAGGUAAACGGCGUUUCCGUGCAGUGCUCUGGUUCACCAGAAGCGGCUUAGUCAUGCUGGCCACAUGACCCGGAAGCUGUACGCCAGCUCCCUCAGCCAAUAAAGCAAGAUGAGCGCCGCAACCCCAGAGUCAGCCACGACUGGACCUAAUGUUCAGGGGUCCCUUUACCUUUACCAGUGGUUAAUAGUUAGCCUCCAUUAUGUUUUUGUUUGUUCGUUUGUUUUGACACUGUCUUGAUUAGUGGCCAUCACCCUAUUUUAUCUUAAUAGAUUCUGUAAGUGUGUUAUUAAUUGUGUUGGACAAGUAAGGCAGUUAAAAAUGUACCUGUUCAGCAUGCUUCUCCACUAUAGUGAUGACUUCCAGAUAUAUACCUAACAUCUGGUAGCAACACCAUUUACUGACUGCAGUUAUUUACACCCUUAUAUGGGCCCCAUUGGUGUCAGUAGGACUUCCUUCUAAAUAGACAAGUUACCCUUUAGUCCCCUUGCUCCUCAUUUCAUUAAAACUGCACCAAGAUUGUUCUGUCAUUUUUACUGAUAUUUUUUAAUGAUGGUUCUUACAGGAAGAGCAGGCUUGUGCUACUUGCCUAAUACUUGCCUGUUCUUCUGCUGCUUGUGAUAGAGAAGUAUCUGUUUGGGCCACUCGAGCAUUUUUCAGGUAAAAUUAUUCAUAUCUGCAUUAUGCCAAGAGAUUAUACUUUAAAAAUCUAUGGUAUCCCAGCAGUAAAUGGGUUGUGCUGGACUCUGGUUGGAACAUAUGAACUGUUAAAACUAAGCAUUGCAUAAAGUUUCAUAGCUGAUUCCUGCUUCUCAGUAACUAUUGUGCUAUGUUUCAUUUUGUCAUUAUAGAUUUAAGAUAUGAUCAUGCCUCUUUGUACCUCACUCUUGAGAAAAAUAGUUUAGGGAAAGCAGCAUCUUAGUUCUAAUUUGUGUUGAAAUUACAUUUUUCAUAUUUAAUUAGUAGGCACACAGUAGCCUUGUUUAAUAAAACAAGCCAACUUCAAACCAUGGUUUAUGAAACUCACUUGCUUUAAUAAACCAUAGCUAAGGUUAGCCAUAGGGACGCGGGUGGCACUGUGGGUUAAACCACAGAGCCUAGGACUUGCCGAUCAGAAGGUCGGCGGUUUGAAUCCCCGCGACGGGGUGAGCUCCCGUUGCUCGGUCCCUGCUCCUGCCAACCUAGCAGUUCGAAAGCACAUCAAAGUGCAAGUAGAUAAAUAGGUACCGCUCCGGCGGUAAGGUAAACGGCGUUUCCAUGCGCUGCUCUGGUUCACCAGAAGCGGCUUAGUCAUGCUGGCCACAUGACCUGGAAGCUGUACGCCAGCUCCCUCGGCCAAUAAAGCGAGAUGAGCGCCGCAACCCCAGAGUCGGUCACGACUCGACCUAAUGGUCAGGGGUCCCUUUACCUUUUAAGGUUAGCCACAGAGGCCCAAUCUGCGUGUCACAUUAAACUGUAGGAAAAAACAAACUUUUGUUUAGCAUGAACCCACAGAAUGCUAAUGCACACUGCUGAAAAGUUCUUGCUCCACUUCUGCUGCUGUCCGACUGUAAAACAAAGUCAGGGUUCAGGGGUGCCAACUUGAAUGAAAUAUUGUGGGGCCCAGGUAAGCCCCACCCUGCCUAAUUGAUCACAUGACACAGUUCACAUACACCAUUUUAAUGGCAAUGCCCAUCAACUUUGUGGGGGCCAAAGCCCUCGUGGCCCCUAGGAGUCGGCUCCUAUGUCAGGGUCUGAUUUGUUGUGACACCCAAAGCCAGCCUAAUGGUUUGUGAAUAGUAACCAAGGUUCGUUCAUGGCUUACUUCAUGUGGUUUCUUUGAUGGAAGCAAACCACAAACCCUAGUUCAGAUGUCAUGAACAGCAAGGCUCUGGCACAGCAGCAUGUGGAAUGGAGCUAGGGCUUAUUAGCAGGGUUAUUAUGGCAGGAACUAAAAGUUUCAAGGGGGCUUGCUAUCAGCAUUCACCAGCUGAUCUACACAUGGGGAGCUCCCUAGUGCAGCCAAUCCCAGCAGGGCUUGAUUGAGUGCUGCUUGCCAAAGAGCACUUGAAAGCACACUUUAAACUUCCAGUUGUUCCUUUGCUGCCACCCUUUUGUCCUGUUUCACACCUGAUGGUUAGCUGUGGGGCAGGUGGGCAUGGUUAAGGAAAAACUGUUUUGGCAGUCCUAAUUUGGCCCAUAAGGGACGUGGGUGACGUUGUGGGUUAAACCACAGAGCCUAGGACUUGCCGAUCAGAAGGUCGGUGGUUCGAAUCCCCAUGACGGGGUGAGCUCCUGUUGCUUGGUCCCUGCUCCUGCCAACCUAGCAGUUCGAAAGCAUGUCAAAGUGCAAAUAGAUAAAUAGGUACCACUCCAGCGGGAAGUUAAACGGCGUUUCCGUGCGCAGCUCUGGUUCGCCAGAAGCAGCUUAGUCAUGCUGGCCACAUGACCCGGAAGCUGUACGCCGGCUCCCUCGGCCAAUAAAGCGAGAUGAGCGCCACAACCCCAGAGUCGGCCAUGACUGGACCUAAUGGUCAGGGGUCCCUUUACCUUACUAAUUUGGCCCAUGGGCCAGAGGGUCCCCUUGACACACCAUUAUAGGGUUUAGACAUAACAUUAAACAUUAAUAGACAAGCUAUUUUUUACAUAUGCUUCACAAUUCAACCACCUAAAGAAGUAUUUAUUGACUGUUUGACUGCUUAAAAAUACUCUGAGAACUGAUUGCAGCGUUGAUACAGUUGUUUUAAUUUUGUGAAUCUCAGAUAUGGUGGUGAAACACAGAUGCGAUUUCCAUCCACCCUGCCGCCUCCAAGUAAUGUUGGGUACACACUGGGAUCUCCUGUUCCACCUGGUAAGCAGCAAAUAUAGUCAGUACUUUUAGGCAAGAGGUUUUUUUUACCUUUUAUUUUGCAAAAACAUUCCAUCCACUUGCACCCACUCGUGUAGCUUUAGUAGUCAUUCACUACUGUUGGGUUCAUGAUUCAGAAGUGCAUUUAUACUUACUGUACAAAUGCCCUUCCCAUGCUGAAAGAAGAGGAAAUUGGCAGUACCUUGAACUGUUUUAGUAUACAGAUCAAUUUAGCAACAUAAACCUUCAUAUUUUAUAUCUACAAUAUGUAAGCGUUGAAAUAAAUGAAGAUUUGAGGGGGGGAACUAAUUUUCUCUUUCCUUCACCCUCUUUCCUUCAUCCUUUCCCAUGCCUGAUGCAAAGAUAUGCCCGUCCCUCUAAAUUCUUUCAAUAUGUCUUGAACUGUAAGCCAUCUCUGCCAGUGGCAUCUCAUAGCAAACUGUGGAUGGCAGACAAUUACUGAAUAAAAAUGAUCCCUUCUCCCUGCCUCAAACUCCCUGGUUUUAUAUUGUAAUCUCUUAAAGCUGUGCUCUGAUUAUUGCUUUUUAAAAAUUGUUUUUAUUAAAGAUUUUCUUGGGUUACAAAAGUACAUACAGCAUCUCUUCUUUCAGUUCAUAGAAUACUUUCUACAGAUCAUUCAUAUUUGAUGUGAGACUCGUUAUGGACAGUAUAAAGUUGGGGGAGGGGAGAAGGGGGAUAGUAAACUCAUUCUUCUACAUAGUGUAUGCAUAAGGGUUUUUCGUUAGCAUCACGUGGGUCAGUUCUAUUUCUGUUCAUUUAUUGGUUUUUGUGGGUGGUGAGAUAGACAUGGGGGGAUAGGGUGUGGAUGGUUGCCUAUAGUUGACCGCAAUGAGUUUUGUUUGUGUGCUUGAGGGGGCUGUUGGAUCAAUUUGUAUGCUAUUGGUGGGUUCCUGUUUUCUUGUUGGGCUGUGUAUUAUUGCUUUAUGGUUGCUUUAUAGUAUGCAUUGCUCUUCUUAUAUUAGGUUCUCCUAUGUCUGCUAGUAGCCCCUACCCUAAUCCAAGCUUUUUGGCAACACCAGCCCAAGGUAUUUCCUUUUAAUUAUUUAAAUAUAUUUCUCUAAUACUUCUAAUCUUGCUUCUGUCUUUUUUUAAAAAGUGAGUUUAUGUUCCAGGUUUGCAUCCUCCAACCAUGUCAACUCCAGUGUUCACUUCAAGCAGUCAUAUGUCUCAACCCAGUGCUUCUCUUAGUGGCAUAAUGUGCCCCGAGAUAGUGUUUUCUGGAAAGCACAAUGGUAUCUGCAUAUAUUUCUCUCGGAUCAUAGGGUAAGUUAUUUAUGGAAAGGUGAGGAUACAUGUUGUUAUAACCUGACAAAAUGAAGUUUAUCUUAACUGUGGUUGGUGGAAACAACCAACUUCAAAUGGUGUUGGUAUGCUUCCACUAAAUAUGGAUAAGAUUAAUCACGGUUUAGGGUUUCACAGCACACUAAGCUGUGGUUAAACUUAAAAGGGAAGCAGAAGCUUCCAGUGUCAUCAUGUGCUGAUUACAUGAAACUUCAAAACUGUAUUUUCUUGCUUUCCAGAAACAUUUGGGAUGGAAGUAUAGUUGUGGAGAGAGUUUUCAAGAGUGGCAAUCGAGAAGUUGUAGCUGUAAGUACUGAUGAGUAUUAAUGGCUGUUUUGGAAUCUUAUAUGACGUUUCUAAGGGUAGUUGGUAGUUUGGGGGUUAAUACUGGUGUUGAUGUCUAUAUAUGAAGGAAAUCAACAUGGUGACUAUUGGUCAGUGUGCCAUCACAAAGCACCACACUGCAUAAGAACCGUAUUUUCUUCCUUUCAGGAAGAUGGAUUUAGAAGGGAAGAACAUGUUUGUCCCUGUAAUCAUCGGGUUUAAUAGGUUUGGCUGGAACUUUGUACCAGCAUGAAUCAGCGGAGAUGACUGUAACCUUUGAUCUUCUUUGAUAACAGUGGGUGCCAGAUCCAAACCCAUCACUUCACUGUUGUGCCAUUCUUAGUAUAGGCGUAUUCAGAGCUUGGGGGGGCGGGCGAGUAAUAUAUGCAUAGUAAGUGCAAGCCUUUAAACUCCAAUGCUGAUGAUAAUAAAGAUCAGGGGUCAGCAACCUAAGGCCCAUGGGCCACAAGUGGCCCAUAGGGGUCUGACUGGCCCAUGGAACCCCGCCGCCCGCUCAGUCGGCUCCUGUGCGCUGCGCUAAACCAGUGCAGAGCAGAACAGGGACCGCCUUCUGCGACGCUGGCCGGCUUCCCAUUGGCUGCAGGAAGCUCCUGCAGCCAAUGGGAAGCUGCGCAUGCCUCCUCCGCGCUGGAAGGAGUGCCGGAAAUAGCGGUUGUGCAUGCACGCACUCCGGCCCACUGCUGUGUCUGCGGGACAGUGAACAGACCCAAGCCACAAAAACUUUGCCAACCCCUGAUAAAGAUGAAUAGCAAGUUUCAUCUUUGAAUUCUACUCCUCGCCCAAAUUCUCUUCAGAUAGAAAAACAGCUUGUCAUAUAGAAGGGUUCAACCAUCCCUCUCCCAAAAAUAUUAGUAGCUUAAUUUUGCAGAAUCAAGUGAUAGGUUUUCCACUUCAAGGUGGUGGUGGUUGCAAAUUUGAAUUCUCCCUCUUGGUGAUCUCAAAACAAAAACCCAUUACUACGAAACCCAAUUUUUGGAGAAAGGACCGGUUUGAAAGUUAAUCUCUUGAUUCUUCACAAUGUGUAAGCUUAGAAAAGCAGUUAUUUGUGUAAACAUAGAUCUGGAUUCUGUUUACCUGUUGUCAGGUGUGUUUCUCUGGAGGUUCUGGAAUAGGGCGGUCUUGAUGAUUGGGAAGUGUAACUAGUAACUAGGCAAGGCUGGUAUCAGGAAGUUACACCAUAAAGGGAGAUUCAGGCCCAACACCAGCUCUUUCUGAUCAUCACAGCAAAGAGCUUUCUCAGCUUGUCCAGAGCUGCACAGAAUUGGUUCAGCAGCAACUAAAAGGUUUGCCUUUUUAUCCCCCAUCUCCCUCGUAAGGAGUGGCUUCCUCUGCAGUUCUGUUUUCAUGCACAGGGGAAAGGAGAAACUUGUAGUCUUCCCUUCUUCCCCUGUCUGACUCCAGCUCAAAAGGUUUUGCAAAGCAACAUUUCCUAACAGUGACUUUUCCUGGUUACAGGAGGAUUCACUUCCUAGUCAUCUACCCAGAAACCUCCAAGAACAGAAAUUUAGAAUAAGUUAAAAUUGGUUAGUUUCAAAUAUGUUCAUUUCGGUUAACCUCUUUCUUGUUUAGGUUGAAAGCAGUGUUCCACCACAAGUGUUAGAAACUGUACUACAAGAAUUAAAAGGGCUGCAGGAAUUUUUGGAUAGGAAUUCACAAUUUGCAGCAAUAGGAUCCCUUAGAAAUCCCAGGUAAGAUUAAGGGUGUUGAGGAAAACAAGCAUUGGUGGCUGACAGUUGUGUUGUACAGAUAACUGGUUUGAAAGUUUGAGUUGUUCCCUUAGAAAACAUAUGUAUCUCCAAUAUUUAUGCAUGAAUAUUUGUGGUCUUUAUAGCAGAUUUAUUAUCCAACUUGAUAGGUCUCUAUAGCAGCUUACAAAAUACAGCUUAGGCCAGUUUUCAGACACAUAUUGCUUCUGGAGCAACCAUAUUUCUUCUGUGAACUACCAGCACUUUUACAGUUUAAUCAGAAUCUACAAAUGAGGACUUUGUGGGACCAAAAAGGGACUGCAUUAACCUGCCAAUCCUCAGGCCGUAGGUACUAAACUGACUUAACGCCAGACUCCUGGUCUAGAAUAGCUUCUUAAUAACUCCCAGAGCACUUUAAUUUAGGCCUAACAGCCCUAUGGGAGACUCAAGGUCAGCAAAUACUAAGUAGAACUCGUUUGCCCUACCUGUCCCUAAGUCUUCUUAUUAGAUGGCCUUUCCCAGACAAAAUUAAGAUAACCAGACUUAAGGGGCUUUGAAGGAUGCUUAAAAGGAUGGUAAAUCUGAGUUCACUGUUAACAUAUUAAACAGCUUCUGCUUUCUAAACCAGUUUUUACUACUGUAUAUUUGGCAUGCGACGGCCCCAAGCACACCAUACCCCAUUUAUACAGUGUACACGUUUUUUCCUUGUUUUUCAUGAAAAAGCUUUGCCACCUCAGCUAACCUGCAGCAGCGAUUACUUGGAUUCAUGCGGUCCGAUGGUGGAAGUUCUCAGCAACUGCAGCAAGAGCUCCAGAGAAAGUUUCAUGGUAGAUAAAUAGCUCUUUUUUCUUUUCUCUCUUCUUUAGCAUGUAUUUUUGAAGAAAAAUACAUGGGGACAAUUUCUUUCUAGCUUUAACAGUAAACAGUGAAUAUUUUGAGACUGUUUGAGAGGCUAGAAAUAGAAAUAGCAACUUGAAAGAGAAGUUGCUGAAUUACAACUCAUUACUAAACUAAAAACUAUGGAGAGACCUGAUCUGAAUAGAGAUAUGGGAUUCAUGUCCCAUUAUACACAUUAAAGCUAAAUUUGGUCAUCUAUCCCUUUAAAAAUCCCUUGCCCUUCCCUGAGGAACCAACUGCCAUAACAGUCAUCAACAUUUAGAAGGUUGAAGCAACCUCUGCUUCAGAGUAUCUGACAAAGUGUGUAUUACACACAAAAGCUCAUCCUUUGAAAGCUUAUAUUUAGUUGAUCUUCAAGGUGCCACUGGAAUUAUUAAAAAAUAUUUUUUUCAUCUUGUUAUUUACUAUGACUGCGUUACCAUAUUAGGGAUCGCUUAAACCGGGUGAAUCCUACCUAGUAGAGAAGUGUUAGAAUUGGGUAAGCCAACGAUCCCUUCAUGCCACAUAGUUCUUUGUUUCUAGUGCUUGAAAACAUUUUGUGAAAGCAUCUGUUACUUGACACAUUCACCCUUGUGUGUGUGACAUGUUCAGGGGAUAGAAAUAAGUUAUAAUUUAGCGGUGUCCAUUUCACUUUUACAGCGGAGGCACAAUUAGCAGAGAAGGCCUCCCUUCAAGGCAUCCAGCAACUUGUUCGGAAAACCUGCCAGGCUUUGGCACUGUGGAAGCUUCUUUGUGAGCAUCAGUUCAACAUUGUCGUGGGCGAACUUCAGAAGGUAUGUGCCACAGCACUCCUUGCUUCUUCUUUUAUUUUUAAACCAUUUUUAUUGAUUUUCCCAUAAAAAACAUCCAAUUAAUAUAUCCAGUCACAAUACUCCAAUUAAAAUAAAAAAGACCAAAUUAUAGUCCAAAUUAUAGUUAUUAAUUUUUCAGAGCUCCCCACGGUCUGGAUCUCUGAAGCAUAUCUCUACAUUUCAGUCCUGCCUCUCCUUGUUGUUUCCAUAUUUUCCACAUCUCAAUUUUGACGCUUUAUAAUUCUCCGUCCCUGAGUCCACGAUUCUCAAUCAUGUCAAACGUCAUGUACUUUCACCCAUCGAAUACAGCUUUGUUAGUAUAUAUUUUUCCAACUGUCUUUUUAUCAGCGCAGCUUCCUCUGACUCCAUUCCAAUCCGGGAUGUUGUCCAAGUCUGUUACCUGAAGUUUAAUGGCGCAGCAACUCCCAAUCAUUAAUUGUCCAAACCUUCCUUUUGAGCUUUAUUGAACCAGUACCUUCCAAGUUAAAUUGUUAGGCAAAACUGUUUGCAAUAUUACAAUGCAGAUAAACUAUUCCACAAAUAUUUGGCGAUCGAUCAGCCUUUGAUCACUCCUUGCUUCUUGACCUGGAAGACAUAGGAGUUUUAUUGUUCAAAGCAGAACAUUGGGAUCUUCUGGACAAUAGGUAUCACUUAGUGAUUUUGCAGUCUUUUAAAUAUUUCAGAGUGCCUCACUAUUUUAAAGGGCAACCUGCAAAGUACCAAAAUCAUUUUUAAUUAUGAUGCAAGUUCUUAUAUUGGUUUAUUAAAACAGAGUUUCACGCUGAUGUAGAGGGUGGUUUGCAGGUUGUGCCCUUCUCUGCUGACAUUAUCAAAGUUAUUUUAAUCUUAUGCAUAUUUUUAAAAAAGAUAAUGUGUGCUGUAAAUUAUGCUGUCCUUGAUGGUUUGUUGUAAUGUAAAUGCAGCAGGAUUUCUCUCUUACGAAAUUUAAACAAGAAAAAAGCAUUUACAGUAAAAAUUGGGGAUGUGCUUUUUCCAUAGGAGCUUCAGGAACACCUGAAGGUGACUACUUUCAGAGACUUGGUAAUUAGAGAUAGAGAGCUAACUGGAGCCCUUAUUGCAUCCCUCAUCAACUGUUACAUCAGAGACCAUGCUGCUGUUGAUGGGAUUAGUUCACAUUUACAAGACAUCUGCCCACUGCUCUACAGCACAGAUGAUGCUAUCUGUUCCAAGGUAUGGUAUAGUAACCAAUAUGAGAACAAGUAAGGGUGUAGGGGUUUUUUGUUCGGUUGUGUGUGUGCAUUAGCAUGCUAUUUCUGCAUCUAGUGAGGGCAAUAUAAUAUGAGAAUUGCAUUCUGUCAUGCUGUGCUCAGAAUAAUAUGCAUAUAGAAGUGUUAAAAUUUAUCAGUUGUCACUGGAAAAUAUUUAAUAUUAAACUACUGCGAUCAUUUUAAGAAAAUAAUUGAAAGAUGAGUGUUACGAUCUGUAGAAGGAUAAGGGGACAGCUUAGCACAAGAAUAAUUUCCUAGACAAAAAAUAUCACUUCUGGCCAGGAAGUAGAAUAAUUUAUUGACUUCGUUAAGUGUGAGGGAUGCUUCAACCUCCAUCUCAGUAAAUCAACAUUCAGUGCAAAGCUGAUAUAGGCCUUGGCUUCCCACUGAAUCUUCAGUGUGUGCAGUUCAAAUGAAGAAUGCAGACUUUGAUCUAUGCUUGUGUCUUACUAGGCAAAUGAACUACUUCAGCGGUCCCGACAAGUUCAGAACAAAUCUGAAAAAGAGAAGAUGCUAAGGGAGUCAUUGAAAGAAUAUCAACAGAUUAGCACACAGGUAGAUCUUGCCAAUGUCUGUGCACAGUAUAGGCAAGGUGAGUUACAAGCAUCACUGAACUUUUAACUUUAUGAAUAUAGUGUUGUUUCCAGUGUUAAGUCAUCCUCAGAGUAGACCCAGUGGGUGGUAUUCAGCUAGGUUUUACUCAGAGUAGACCCACUGAAAGUAAUGGACCUAGCUUAGUCAUGUUCUUUAAUUUCAGUGGGUGUACUCUGAGUAUAACUUAGUUGAAUCCCACCUAUUGAAAGAAAGGGACAUGAUUUAGGAGCAUAAUUUCAGUGGGUCUGCUGAUCAACUUAUCUUUCUCUCUGCAGACCAGCUGCUACAGGAAUAUCAGUAUUAAACAGUAUAGGAAGUGAUGCACAUACAUCACAGUUAGAAAAAAAUGCAAUACAACACUAAAGAACACAUAUUUUUCCCUAUCUGCUGCCACCCAGUGGCCCAGAACGCUGAUGUGCUUUCUGCGCUGUUCACCAGGAGACAGGCUCUUCCGAAGAAAGACUGGCUGGGUCCUUGCAACUGGAGGCACCUUCCCACGUCUUCUCUGAAACUAUUCUUUCUUCUGCCUCUGCAGUGAACAGAUGCAGGUCUCCUGCUUUUUGCAGAACAGAUUUUUUAAAAUAAGAGGAAGAGAUAGGAACCACGGAGCAAGAGUGUGCUCCUGCUGCCAACUUUGGCUACUCCAAACCAACCUGAUGUCUGCGUUUCACCCUCUCCCACUCCUUAACUCCUGUCUCUUUCCUGGAAGAAUGAAGUUGCAAGCAGGGUAACUGUGACUUGUGUUUGGUUUCAUGGCCAGACACCAUUUCCUCCUCGACCUUCAAAUAAAAUUCAGAUUCCCUGUAAUUUUUAUGUUUGUGUGCAUCAGGCAUAUUUUAUCAUUUGAGAAAUCUGAUAUCAUUUGUGUAACACUUAAUACGUGAAUUGAGGGUUUCGGAAACUAAUCACACAGUACUCGUGGUUUUGCAUUUGUUCGAAUUAUACUGUCCUUGCAGAAAAUACUGAAAAAUUGAGAAAACCUAUUUUUCCGGGCUUCACAGAGGGACAUAUGUAGUUUUCAGAAUGUGGGUAGAUGCACAGAUGCCCCUGCAGCCCACAGCAUCAGAUAAUUAGAAUUAGGACUUCACAUUUUCUAAUUUGAAAUAGGUUGUAUUCAUUUUGUCAAUGUUCUGUAGUAUUAUGUUCACUCUUAUCUCUGUUAAUGUAUUUUUCUUUUCUUUUUAAUCUCAAGUACGUUUCUAUGAGGGUGUGGUAGAACUUUCUCUCAUGGCUGCAGAGAAGAAAGAUCCCCAAGGUCUUGGACUCCAUUAUUACAAAAAUGGAGAACCAGAGGAAGAUGUUGUUGGAUGUCAGGCUUUCCAGGAAAGGCAAGUUUGGGAAUACAAUUGAAAUGUUCUUCAGGACAGAAUGAAUGAAUGAAUGAAUGAAUGAAUCUUUAUUUGCGCCAGCCAUCGACCAUAGCAAUAAAACAACAAUACAAUAUACAAAAAAUAAAAAUAAAAAGUCAUUUAUAUAGAAUACAUUUUAGGUUUUGAAUCAAUAGUCAAAUAGUGGAUCUUAUUCUAAUUGCCCCAGCUAAAAACCUUGCAACCUUUGCUGUCACUUGCUCAUCUUGAUCUGCCAAGAGAAAGGACACUGUGGCAGUGGCUGGGUGACCCGGAAUGGACAUUAAAAGAGGGGUGAUAAUCUCAUUCCUCAAGUCUUUAUAAAGCCAGAAGGGCAUGCGCCACCGAUUCGGUACUGCCAUCUCCACAGGGACAUAAGCGUUUUUCGUGUAGAAUCUGUUGGAAUCGUCCCUCAAAUACAGCCGAGGGCAAUACAUUCAAUCUUGUGAGAGUAAAGGCACAUCUGUAUUUUAGAAUUGCUAGGUUAUGCAGAUAGGGUGCCAGAGAGUCGAAAUGGGCAGGUGGAAAAUAGUCACGCCAUGGGCAAAAUUUCCUUAUUGUGGCCAAGUUGUUCUGACGCUCGAUAACAUUUAGGCGCUGACAAAUUAGACUGUUUGCUUUACUAAAACCCAAAGUGAGUUUUAGGACAGAGAUGUUAGCAGUUGUUUUACGAGGUUGUGGCUUUUUGGAAAUAAAGUAGCCAAAAGGAAGAGUGGAGUGCCUUAAGGUUCCCUCUACCUGGGUUGGGCUUAACCUGAGGCACCGGGACUCCCCUCUCCAGGCUUUGUAGCCUUAAAUACAACAAAAGCUGUAUUUGUGAGCACAAAUAGAAAAAAGGCACAUUGAUGGUAAAAAUGGCUACUUAAAAUUACAAAAACUACAUACACUUUAAUAUCUUGUAGAGGGGUUUUUUUUUUAUGUCAAAAUAAAAAGUGACCAGUUGUGAUGUUUAUUUUUUACCUUCCUGAGAAAUGGAAAGGGUCCAAAUUUUUAAGAUUCACCACUGUCAUCCCCCCUGCCCCUGCAGAUGUGUAACCAAGGAAGAGUGACAGAGUGGGUCAUCGGUGUGUGUUUCUUUAUGUUGCUUUAUCCACUAAUUAUUUUGAAUUGCAGAUGAAUUCCUACAUAUUUUCUACAGCCAUUCCAGCAUCUGGCAAUCUAGGAAGUGAUGUUAAGAAUCAAAGCUUCUACUAUCUAGCACAAAAUAGCAUGCAUAUGCAAGACAAUAAAUUGUUGCUGUGUGUGCUUGGAAGUUUUGGCUUGUGAGUCAUUUUCCUGUGGUUUCCACUUUUCUGCAGGCUAAACAGCUAUAAGUGCAUCACGGACACUCUCCAGGAGUUAGUCAAUCAAAGUAAAGCUGCUCCACAGUCUCCCAGCGUGCCCAAAAAACCUGGUCCUCCUGUCUUGACAUCAGAUCCCAAUAUGCUAAGCAAUGAAGAAGCAGGACAUCAUGUAAGAAAAAACAUGGCAUACACUGAAUUGCCAUUAACUUUGCCCAGGAAGUACUUUUAAGCUUGUCAUAAAUCUAAUAUCCAGGAUUCAAAGAACUGCUUUAGCUAUGCUGAAGGAAGGCCUUGAGUAGGCCCAGGAAGGGCCUGCUAUUCGAUAAAAUUCCCUUCAGGACAUGUAUGAUUUUUCAGAUCCAGACUACUAACUUACUGUAAAUUUAUUGUGAAGCUGUUAGUACAGUUUAACAACCUUCAUCUGUAUUAUUUUUUUCAAAGAUCUUUAUUGAAACUUAACAUAUAUACAUAAUAACCAAAAUUCCCAAUGAUUCCCUCACAUAAAAUAUAAUAUCUAGAUUACAACAGCUGCAUAAUUAUACACCUAUUUAUAAAACCUACCACCCACCCUCUACUCCCCUCCACAGCAAUUCAACUUCUUUAUAUUUCUUUCUACCUUUCCCCCUUGCAUUCUAUAAUAAAAUUGUUGAAUUCUGAUUUUUCCUUCUUUCUUUAUUGAUUUUGUUAUUGCUACAUUUUUAUUCUAAGCCUCUUAGCAUGUCAUUUUUAGAACAAUAUUUUGACAUAUAAUCUUUGAAAUACUUCCACUCCAUUCUUAACUUUUGAUUUGAUUGAUAUCUUAUAACUGAAGUUAAUUUUGCCAAUUCUAUAUACUCAUUUAAUUUACAAAUCCACUCUUCCUUUGUUGGUGUGUCCUGAGACUUCCAUUUAGUAGUAAUCAUUACCCUGGCAGCUGUUGUUGCAUAUAAAAAGAUUAUAAAAGCCUUCACCUGUAUUAUUCAUUAGAGGAAUUUAAACUGGUGCAUAGGAAACACCUAGUAGGACUAAAAGUGUAAUAAAGAUAUACUGUUAGAGAUCUUUUUCAAUUCCCUCCCCUUCUCUCAUUGCAGUUUGAACAAAUGCUAAAAUUGGCCCAGCGUUCUACGGAUGAACUUUUUAGUAUUGCUCUUUACAGCUGGUUGGUCCAAGCUGAUCUGUCAGAUAAACUGCUGCAAGUAAGUAAGGUCACAGACCAAGUUGAUGAAGAUAAAUAAAUACAAUGUACAGUGUUUAAGAUACACAACUUCAUCGUCACAUUUCAUAAAACACUGCAUUAGCAAGCUAAUAGGAAUUUACAUUUCCCCCCUUGAUUCCUGCAGAUAAACUCUCCCUUUCUGGAGCCAUAUUUGGCACGUAUGGCCAAAGUUGAUCAAAACAAAGUUCGCUAUAUGGAUCUUCUGUGGAGGUUUUUUGAGAAAAACGGAAGUUUUAGUAAUGCGGCCAGAGUACUUGCAAAAUUGGCAGACAUGCAUAGGUAAGGGUAGCUUGUUAUCAGUAAUUGCAUCUAAUGUUUUGAUUGAUUGAUUGAUUGAUUGAUUGCUCAGCCUUCACUGUAAGGUCCCAGGGUAGGUUGAAGUACUUCCAGUCUUCUUUAGUUAUUUACUUACGUUAUAAUUUUUGCAGAGCAAUCUUUAUGACACUAAGGUAGAACAGAACUUGUGAUCCAUCAAACUCAGGCAUGGCCAAACUUGGCCCUCCAGCUGUUUUGGGACUACAGUUCCCAUCAUCCCUGACCACUGGUCCUGUUAGCUAGGGAUGGUAGGAGUUGUAGUCCCAAAACAGCUUGAGGGCCAGGUCUGGCCAUGCCUGAUCAAACUGAACAAGCCUACUGACCAGGUAUUGGGGGCUCAACAUGUUUGACAAUCUUCCUGUGAUUGCAUCCCCAAGUUUGCCUCAAAAACAAGAUUACUGACCCCCCAAUGAGUCGUCAUACAUGGCUGGCUGGUGAGCUGUGUUUGACUGGUGGAUCCACAAAUUAAAAGCUUUGAAAUGGAUCUGCAGGUAAAUCAGGGGCUUAAUUCUGUUCGAAUGCAAUCACGUAUAUGAAGAUAAAAUUAAUUAUGCAAUUCAUGUUGUGGAGAACUCGACUUAGGGUUCAGGCUGCAAUCCUAGGCACACCUUGAACUUAUAAGACCUUUUUCUGAGUAUGCAUGUAGAGUGGGAUGGAAACUCUCCAGCCCAGGCAUAGGCAAGCUCGGCUCUCCAGAUGUUUUGGGACUACAGUUCCCAUCAUCCCUGACCACUGGUCCUGUUAGCUAGGGAUGAUGGGAGUUGUAGUCCCAAAAACAUCCGGAGGGCCACGUUUGACUAUGCCUGCUCCAGCCUAUGGGCCAGAUGUGGCUUGUGGAAGGUUCUUAUCCAGCCUGCAACCUCUCUUCCCUGGUCCUGAGCCUCUGCCAAUGGAGGAAGAGAUCACCUUGUUUCUAUACUGGGAAUGACCUUUUUUCAGCACCCCACCUGAAAUAGGAGCAAGAGAGAUUGCAGCCCCCCUCUGGAGAUUCUUUUGGCUAUCUAUGGGUGAGGAGAGUGAUUCAAACUUACUCCCGAUCAUGCCAAAGGUAUAAUCUCAACUAGCCUUAAAGAAGUAGCAAUGUUUUCUUAAGACACCAACAAGGAAGCAUUUUUUUCCAUGGCAUACAGUGUGGGGGACUCCAGUAGCAUAGGAUGUGGCAGUAGCUGCUAACAUAAAAGCAUUUACAUGCAUUGAGGAAAUUUAUUGUGGAUAGCAGUUGAUAAGUUUUGACGACGUUAUCAGACCAUUCAUCUGUAUGUUACAUUUCUAAAACUGAAUUUUUAUUGGUUUCUAUGUAUUUCUAGAUGGUAUAGAAGAAAUGGCCAAGGUGCAAGAUGCGAGGAGAUACAGGAGUAAUGGUGUUAGAGCAGUUAGACAAAGAAUAACGUACCGCAGAGAAAUAGACAGACUGAAGAACUAGAUUAAAAUAUUGAAAACAGCUAACGUUCUUGUGAUAAUUGCUCAUGGAAGCUACCAUAUUAGUCACACCAUUAUGUCAUUUAACAGCACUGAGAUCUCACUUCAGCAGCGUCUUGAAUAUAUUGCGCGUGCCAUUUUGAGUGCUAAGAGUUCCACAGCCAUCUCACCAAUUGCUGCAGAUGGUGAAUUUUUGCAUGAAUUGGAAGAGAAAAUGGAAGUAAGUAUGAUAAUUAAUUUAGAUGGCAUUGAUGGAUCUCCCUGACCAAGCUGGUGGAGGUGGUCAGGGGUGAUGCAGGAGAAGCCAGAACUGUGUUCCUGGGAGAUUUCAACAGCUGAAAUAAAAUAUUAAAAUAGGCAUUUUAGAUAAGCUUCCUGUUUUUAAUAAUUAAUUGAUUUUAUCUGUUAAUAUGUUUAUGUGCUGUUUAUGGGCAGCACUUGGAAACUUUGGUAACUAAGUGGUAUUUAGGUAGCUAAAAUAAACAAUCAUAAUGAGGCCACCUCAACUGUGUCGGCACAGGACUUCAUUCUAACUCGAGCAACCUAUGGUUAUUGUGUAACACGGUGGCUGAAAUGGCUCCCAGUUUGCUACUGGCCUAGUUUAUGGUUUAGUUGUUGACUUAUAAAGCCCCAAACAUAUUGGUAUCUUGUUAAUCUGAAGGAGUAACUGCCUAUAUAGACCUAGUCAGCUAUUUUGAAUUGCAGAGUUCGGAGUCCAUAUGUGUUGUGUGUAUAUGUAGUCAUUGUAAGAAGUGAAAUGUUUUGUGUUGGACCUAAUUGUAGGUGGCUGCUGAUGUUCACUGAGCUUUUAAUUAAAGACUAUUGUAAUUUUUUAACCAGGUUGCAAGGAUUCAGUUUCAAAUACAGGAAGCAUUACUCCGUCAGUGUUCUCAUCAUUCCUCAGUACAAGAUGCCAUUUCCCAGCUGGAUUCCGAGUUGAUGGAAAUUAGCAAGGUGAUCUUAUAGUAAUAAUAACAAACAUUCCCAGGCUUCUCUGUAUUGUGCAAAAAAUUCCUCUGAUAUCUCCCAAACCAUUUUUUCCACUUAAUCAAGAAAAAUUGCUCUGCCUCACCAGUUUUUAAAAAAAAGUGUUUUAUUUUACAUAUUUCAUAUUAUUUUAGUUCUUUUAUAAUACAAUGUUGUGUGCGGUCUUUAGCAGUCAUCACUCUUGUGUGUGAAAAACACUCAUAUAUAUAACGGAACUCCACAAGUAAUAUGCACUAUCUGUUAUUUGUUAUUUAGGGUAUAGGUAUGCUAUUCAGUGUGGGACACGGGUGGCACUGUGGGCAAAACCUCAGUGCCUAGGACUUGCUGAUCGUAAGGUCGGCGGUUCGAAUCCCUGCGGCGGGGUAAGCUCCCGUCAUUUGGUCCCAGCUCCUGCCCACCUAGCAGUUCGAAAGCACCCCUAAGUGCAAGUAGAUAAAUAGGUACCGCUUUAUAGCGGGAAGGUAAACGGCGUUUCCGUGUGCGGCACUGGUGCUGGCUCACCAGUUGCAGCUUCGUCACGCUGGCCACAUAACCUGGAAGUGUCUUCGGACGGCACCGGCUCCCGGCCUCUUGAGCGAGAUGAGCGCGCAACCCUAGAGUCGGUCACGACUGGCCCGUGCGGGCAGGGGUACCUUUACCUAUGCUAUUCACUAUUUUGUUUAAUGUCUGUAAACUGCCUAUUAAUCCAUUUAUACUUCAUUCUGCAUUUGAUCUAUUUGAAUGAUCAAACUUGUUUUUUAAAUUUCAGCUUUAUGGGGAAUUUGCUGAUCCAUUCAAACUCUCAGAAUGUAAACUGGCUAUUAUUCAUUGCGCUGGUCAUUCGGAUCCUAUCUUAGUGCAGACACUUUGGCAAGAAAUAAUUGAUAAAGGUAGGUUCAAGUACUUAGAAGAGCUGCCUAGAAGCACACAACAUUAUGGAAUGACUCACUUCUGUGUUGCUCUUCAGUCCAGUUUGCGGGGUGGGAAGGAAUUGACAGGAGUGAGCUGGAAGUAAAUCACACCAUGCAAGUUGGAAUCAACUGUUUAUUAGCAAGAAUAUGAUCUGUAUAGACUUGGUGGAGUAGCUUAACCUUCAGCAAGCAGGCUGUCAGAUUCAUUAGCAAAAAAUUAGCAAAAAAACCCAAAACCCUUGCAAAGGAAGGGUCUAGGUUUUAUUUAUGAGUUCAUUUCAUCCUACUUCUUUUAUUAUUAACGGUAAACAUUCAGCAACUCUCCCAAAGAGCUUGGUGUCAUGGUUUCUGUGUUCUUAGCCUAGAGAGAGCAUCAUUUGUAUCACCAGAAUAUUUUGUUUAAACCAUCUGGAGUCCUAUGAAACUGGAAACUCAUUCAUAGCCCACCUGUAGGAGGGUAAAUUGACAUGAUUAUUUUUUUUAGUUGGUUCUGCAUGUUGAAAAUGGAAAUAACAUAAAUGCAAGCGUUUAAUUGAUCUUCUAAAAGAGUGUCUUUUCUAUUUCAGCGCUGAGUGACAGUGUGACUAUGAGUGCUCCUGACAGAAUGCAGGCUCUUAGCCUGAAGAUGGUAAUGCUUGGCAAAAUCUACGCUGGGACACCUCGCUAUUUUCCAUUAGGUAUAUAAUUCAAAUUAAGGAUAUUUGGAGAUACUGAAAAAAUAAAAUAACAGAAUAAAACAAAGAACAAACAGGAAAUAAAUCCAAUAAUUCUUCCAAGAGUCUAUGUUAGAUCAAAGUCAGUACCUUCUGUAUUAUCAAGUGUUGAGCUGUCAAAUUCCAUAUAAAAUAUUUAUUAAAAGUGUGGGUGGGAGGAGAAGCCCUACUUAAGAAUUUGCCUGAAUGUGUGUGAUUUAAAAGACUCUUGGGCUGGGGUUUGGGGUGGUGGUGUUAUUUAUAUUAAUUUAUUUCUAUCUUUUAGAUCUUAUUAUUUAUAUGGAAAUUGUUCAGUUUUGAUGUGUUUUUGCUGUUUUAUUGUUUAGACUACUUUUGCUAUGUUUGUAAUUAUUUUCAUAUUGUAAGUUGCCUUGAACAUGGCUUUAACUAUGAAAAGGCAGCAUAGAAAUAAAAAGGAUGUAUAUGGAAGGAUGCAGCUUCCACACAAGUCCUGUCCUGAGACAUAUAAACUCCACUCGGAGCCUUCCCAAAAGCACCUUGUAUAUGCAUUUGACUGAAUGCUCUUAGAAGACUGCAAAAUAGAAGGAAGAAUGUGCUUUGAUUGUGAGGAGGCUUCUGUGCAUAUCCAUUAGUUUCAAAUAGAUUCUGCAUGUACCCAGGCUCAAAGCAACAUCUGAAUUACUCUGAACAGAAUUAGAAGUAACUGUAGGCAGUGACCAUGUGAAGCACAGGAGCAAUGUUAUAUGUAUGUGGAAGGUGCACACAAUUUUCCAUUUAGAGGUAAUGCCCUCAUAUGCAGUUGAGUCAUACCCUGAGUAUUGAAAAUACACAUUCUUCUUUAUGGCCUCCAUAGGUCCCAGAAAUGGGUAUGCACUUGCAUAGGUCACAUUUUUCUUGAACUCUAGGGUAGCAGGGAUUUUGUCCUCGCCUAUAGUCAUCACAUGGAGGUGAGGCAAACACCUUCCCAGUCAUUUCUCUCAAGCCAAACUUGAAAAGAGCAGAAUGCCUUUGGUUAUAGCUGAACUAGAACUAGUUGUUGUUGUGAACUAGGAAGUCAAAUGGUCAGAGUCCUCAAACAGUCUCUUCAGAACUUCCUGUAUUGCACUGUGUCCACGUUUUUUAAAACAUCUACUGAGUAGAUUUCCUGUCAGGUUGACUUAAGUGAAGGAAUUCACAGGCAUAUAAAAGAAAGAAUAGCAACUAAACUUUGCAGCAAAUGAUUUGCAUCUCACUGGCCACUAUUUUCCCCCCUUAGAUUUCUUAGUGCAGUAUCUAGAACAAGAAGUUUGUUCUUUGAACUGGGAUGUGGGUUUUGUAACUUACACAAUGCAAGAAAUUGGUGUGCCGCUACCAAGACUUCUUGAAGUAUAUGAUCAUCUAUUCAAAGCACGGGUAAGAGGAAAAACUUAACAUAUUUUCUUGUUGAUCUGUUGUUUAAAUUCCAUAUCAUCACAAAUGAUGGGGGUGGACCACAGAAUACCAGUUUUUUAAAGGCAUAUCACUGCUGAGAUACUAACAGGAAGAAAAUUCUAGGUUUGUACUGGGCCAGACAUUCAAAAUGUGUUUGUAGCUAGUAGGCAUUGAUCCUCAUGUAGUAGAUUGUGACUCUAUGAGCUCAUUAAAUUGGUCCGUAGAAUACCAACUUGCUGCCUCGGCUGCCUCUGAGGUUGUGUUGAGGACCUUUGUUCACUACUGCUUCAUUUGUUGCUGCCUCUCCUCCCCCAUUGUCUUAUAUGCAGGUGGAGACCAAGUUAGCAUCUUCAGUCUGCUUUUGCAGCCAAGUCACAUCUUAUCUGGCACAGCUGUAUUUACACUCAUCUGUAUCAUAUCUAGUAAGGUCCAGCUGUCAAGCCUAUUGCCACCUACUUUUCCACAGGCUCCUGUAUUUUUAAUAGCUGUAUAUAAGACUUGAAUUUUACAAGUGCAGUUCACCCAACGGGUGAAAAUACCACACCUACCAACAUACUGGCCUUGUACACAAUGAUUAAAGUGUUGAAAAAAACCUUGUUACUCUUUUUUUACCCCCAUCUUCUACCCCUCGCCCUACUCAGUUUCUUUCAUUUUCUUUAAAAACAAGACUGGUGAUGCCACAAGCAGGAGCCACUUUAAAUUGGAGCCUGCUUGAUCUCACUAGGCAAACAAUUAAGUUCUUUCAAAUGCAGAAUGGGUAUUAUGUGGCACUCUGUAGUACACUCAACAUGGUGAUGAAUAAUUUCCAAAUUGUCAUGUAUUUUUCUUUUUUCUUUACAGGAUCCAUACUGGAGUAAAAUGAAGAAGCCUUUGCACCUUUUGGAAUGCAUCCAUGUGUUAUUAUCGGCAUUUGUGCAAGAGCCUAACAAAAUUCUUGCCUUUGAAAGGUACUUCUUUGAAUGCAGAUGCUGUAAACAGACUUAACAUAUGCUGGAAAUGGUUUCCAGAUGAACUGAUCUGGACUCUGCUAUCAUCAUCUGAGACCCUUCUUUGUGUGCCUUUUCUGCAAGAGGCCUGGAGGGUGGCCUCAAGAGAACGGACCUUUACUGCUUGUGGAAUGCUCUCACCAGGGUGACUCACCAGGCAUCUUCAUUACAUAUCUUUAGGCGCGAGGAAAAAUAUUCCUCUUCUGCCUGGCAUUUGGCCAGUUAAACAAUCUAUUGCCUUUUAAACUGUGUUUGUGGUGGGGUUUGUGUUUUUGUUUGUUACUCUGUGUUUUUAUAUUAUAAACAGCCCUGUAAACCUUAUAUGAAGGGCAGUAUAGAAAUUUAAUUAAUAAAUAAUGUAAGUGGUGAUUUAUAAAGUAACAUAAGCAAAGAAGGCAGACUGCUGAAGGAGCUUACCAUACUAAAUUGUAUACAUCUUGCUCAGAACUGACACAUCUCGCUACAACCACCAGCAUAUCCCAUUACCAGCUUUGUUGCAGAAGAUCACUGACCCUAACUAUAGCUUAAGAUUUAGAGGCAGCACAUAUCUCUACAAAGUUUUGGGUCUCUGUAUCCUAACAAUAAACUAAAACUAACUGUUAUCUUUCUUUCUCUUUAGGCGGCGAUUCACAAAUAUUUGCUUGGAUGCUGUUAGCUGUUACCUUGUUGAACUGCAGUCCAUAAGUCCAACACUAGCUGUACAGACAAUUACAGGGAACUUUAAAUCUCUACAGGCUAAAUUAGAACGGCUUCAUUGAGUGAUGCACAACUAUUUCUUCAGGUGGAAUGAACUGUCACUGCACUGGAAUCUGAAAAGGCAAAUGCUUAUUAAAGCAUUAAAACAAGCUGUGGAGCUUAUCAUAGUUCUGUGUUGUCUGUUCUUAACUAACCUCACAUAGAAUGCAGAAUGGCAGGUUGUUUCUCUUCUUUUUUUACUACUAAAUUUUUCUAGCAGUGAAACAGUUUUAUAUGCUUUGGAUUAAAAUGCAUUGUAUAAUCUUGCCCUGGCAAUUAAAAUUAUUUUUAAAAUGGG